AGCCGCAGCAGCGUCGCAUCGCAUUUGCGCCACCCCAUGCCCAUGACAAGAAGCUCUUAGAAGACCAGCCUUGUCCUGUCGCCAGGAGAGAGGAGGAGGAGGAGGAGGAGGAGGCCACUUCACGGAAGAAGACGACGCUGCGCGGCGACCACCGGCCGGCGGGUGUCAUGACAAGGCCGGCCGUGUCCGUGAGGCGGGCGGCGCCGGCGGCAUUGGCCAUCUUGUUUGGAGCGCUUCUUCUGAUGUCGUUCGUCAUGGACGACAUCAAGAAAGCGGCUGUGCCGGCGGCGAUCGGCGGGAGGAGGAUGCUGGGCAGAGGCGCUGGAGGGCAGAGGACUCUGGAGGAUUUCAAGGCUGAUGACCCCUUCCAGGACAGCAAGAGAAGGGUGCCCAAUGGUCCUGAUCCUAUCCACAACAGGGGAACCGGCAAGUCAGGACGAUCGCCGGACCGAGCUUGACGUCGGCAGCGCGCAUGCCGAGGCAUGGAAGCUUCCGAUUCCGAAGAGGCCGGCCACAUGUUGGGAGCGGCAAGCAAACAGAAGAUGCAUUGCAUUGCAUUGCAUUGCAUUGCAUUGCAUGGAGGAAGAGGAACAGACAAGAGGUGCAUUGUGGUGGGUCUGGCUGGGAUGUUGGGUGUAACUAGGGGGAGGUGGCCUAUCUUCUUCUAAGCACUGCUAUUUAAGACAGUUUUAAGCAUGAUGAAAACUUUAGCUUUUUGGGGGGAAACAAAGGCUAUUCGAUUCUACCAGUGGGGGUUUGUUUUUUGUAAAGAGAGCAGUAAGUAUCAAGCUUCCCUCUCACAUGGAAACAAGCAAGCAUCAAAGAUUCUUGGCAAAGGGAUGUGGGCAAGAGCUCUUCCUCCUCUCUCUUUUGGCCGCAGCUGCUUUAUACAUCUCAGUAGCAGUACCCUGUUUUCUUUGAGGUGUUCAUUCUUUUGCAUUGCACUGUAUGGUCUGCACUCUGCAGCACAGCAGCAGCACAUCAUCAAUUUGCUAAAGGAGUCAUGGGUCUGAAUUCUGAAAAGAAGCACCGGCACAUACAAUUCUCUUACAGAACUUUAUCUUCUUUUUUUGUUUCAAAAUAUGUUUGCCAAAAAUUCAAGCUUACAGGUCUUGUGAAUGUCUCUAGCGGGUCUAGUUUUUACCACAAAACAUGAAUCUUUUGCAUCAAACAUGCCACAAACAAACAAACCAGGAGCAGGUUAAAAGCAAAGGGAGAGAAGGGGUAAGAAAAAAGAGAAAGAGAAGAAGCGCCAGCCAAGCCAGCCUGCCAAAGCAGCAAGCCUGCCUUUUCUAUUCUUUUGUUUCCUCCCUCUCCUCCAUUGUACCUUGUCUCUUUAACUUCUUUUCUUGUGAAGCUUUGAACAGGCAAAGUGGCCUUGCUUGAGUUCUAAAGCAGACAAGGAUGCUAGAGAGAGAGAGAGAGAGAGUGGGGCACUGUGACUCUGUGACAUAUAAGAGCUGUGGUUUCUGUCCAAAAGAUGAAGGCUCCUGGUCCUGGGGGCUAACCUAUUGACCAGUCAUCUUGUGUCUUACUAGUAGAACUGAAGAUACACUGCAUUGUGUGCGAGUGCUUUGUUCACUGCAACUCUAUCAGAUGCAGAGCAAAGGGGAGACAGAGAUGAAUCCUGUUCCUGCGUUGGAUGCCUCCAGUCAAGAGGCACCCUGGGGCCUGGGGCCAAUGCAAGCACAGACCCGUUGCUUUUUACUCUUUGGGAUCAAAAAACAGUGCGUACAUGGAGUACAUCCUAGCUUCCUUCCAAUGUAGUGUCUCUUUGUACGCUGUAUUUUACUUGCUUGGAAACAACUGAGAGCUUAGUUUCAGUGCAUACAGUAUAUGCUAGGACUAAAAGGCCUAGAAAUCUGGAUUUGUUGAAACAUGA